AUGGACAACACGGGCUGGGCCGCGGCCAUCAGCCUCAGCUCUUCCUCCUCCAGUUGGCGCGCCUCGAUGGUCGAAAACGAAGGGUGUGCCGGCCGCAGGCCAAUCAAGGCUGGUAAGAACAUCGGAAAAGAAAAACAUGGUACCGGUAAUGGUGCCAACGAAGCUCAAGACGGCGGAGACAGUGCAGGCAGCUGGCCAUGCUGCCCAGAGAUGCAAACGUGGCGGUGGGAUAUCAUUCCGACGAGCGGCGAGACGGAAGUGAAGAACAAGGGUGAACAUGGUGAACAAGUGCUGGUAGGACGCGUCGAGGUGGUGGACGCUGAAUCGACGAAGCGCCAGGAAGGGGCGGCCGAGGCUCUUCUUGGAGCCCCGGCCAUCCAAAUGGCCGUCCAGCAGAAAAGGGAGCAUUUCGCUCGCGGAGGUGCCCGCGGCGCCGUGCACGAGCCGAGCGGCGAGACUCCGCAGAGCUCCAGAACAAGAGCGCGGCCACGGAGAUGGAGGGAGGCCGCGGGCGGCACCGCCGCGCGCGAACGAAUGCGGAGGUCCUCAACCAAAGUGUCCUCCGGCAUUGACGAGCGCGUGCACGAGCGCGGACGCCGCUCGUACAAUCGCGAUGACGGCAGCCGCAGCGGAGACCGCACGCCCAAGCAGCCCUCGACCCAUGCUGCUGCGCACGAGGGCAACCUGCAGUGCAGGCCGCAAUACGGACCAGCGGAUCUCCAUCGCCGAUCCUACGAGCUGGCGCCGCCUUCACCCACCACAGCGUCGUCACCGAGGCUCGGCCCGAGCGAGACGACCCCGGGUCUCGAAAACCACGUGUAUCCGCCAGAGGCAGGCGUGCUGCGAUACACAAAGAGCCGGGGCGCCGUCACCUCAUCGAACAGGAGCGAGCUCCGCGAGCGUUGGUGCCGCACUCACAGCACGCUGAUGACCCGGCAGCAGGCCAGCGGGCUGCAGCAAGGCGCUCAACAGCAGGAUGUCGGCCGGGCCAUGCGGUCGCGCCGCACUAAUGAAAUGCCGGCCCGGCCCGUGCACGCCGUUAAUCCGUCGGCCGCGGUUUCGUUCGGCCAAGUGCCUCGAGUCGAGGUCGAGGCUCGGCCUCUGGCUCUUCUCUCCGCGCCGCAGCGCGAGCUGUCCGCACCGGCCGACCGUCGGCCAAGCCAGGACGCUGCUGGCAAUGACAGGCAUGCAGGCAGCAUUGACGAAAGCGUUUUUCGCGCCGAGAAGGGCCAUGCAGGCACCGAAAUGGCCCCGUAG